AUGCGCAGCGGCCACACCCCGGGCAAUGGCUUCGACAGGCCGGCUAAACCAGAUCUUCCAGUGGGUAUCAAUGAAAGAUUGCUGAAGCUACGCUUCCCACUAAAUGCCAAACGUCAUGUCACCAUCAUCAGUGCAUAUGCACCCACUUUAACAUGCUCUGACAACUCAAAGGAACAAUUCUAGGAAGAUCUCGACAGACUGAUCAAGGCCACACCUGUAACAGAUAAACUACUCCUACUUGGAGAUUUCAAUGCCCAAGUCGGGGCUGACAGCAAGAACUGGAAAGGAGUAAUCAGGCCACAUGGUGUAGGCAAAAUGAACAGUAAUGGACUACUUCUUUUGAGUCUUUGUUCUGAAAAUGACCUGACCAUUACCAACACUCUGUUCCGACAAGCGGACAAAUACAAAACGACGUGGAUGCACCCUAGGUCCAAACAGUGGCAUCUGAUAGAUUAUGCCAUUGUUAGAAGGCGAGACAUCCGAGACGUACUGAUUACCAGAGUAAUGCGAGGAGCAGAGUGCUGGACAGAUCACAGAUUAGUCAGGACGUCUCUUCAACUCUACAUCAUUCCUUCUUGGCACAAAUGCCCUAAGCAUGUGCGACCUGCUUUCAAUAUAGCCAAACUGAAGGAUGCUCAAUGUUUCAACAAAUUCCAGAAGAGUCUUGAUGACAAACUGACAUCCCAUGGACAACUGAUGGGUACUGUAACCGAAAAGUGGGACCAGUUCAAGCAGAUAGUGACUGACACAGCAAUAACAUCUCUUGGACCAAAGAAAAGAACACAUCAGGAUUGGUUUGAUGAGAACCAAGAAGGAAUAUGCUCAGCAUUGGAAGUAAAGAGAAAAGCCUUUAUCGAAUGGCAGAAUGACCCCUCCUCAGUCUCUAAACAGGACCAUUUCAACGUGAUCAUCAACAUCUGGGAGGAUGAAAACAUACCACAGGACCUUCGUGAUGCUACUAUUGACUCUCUUUUCAAGAACAAAGGCAGCAAAGCAGAAUGUGGAAACUAUAGAGGCAUAUCCUUCCUCUCUGUUGGAGGGAAGAUCAUCGCCCACAUCAUCUUGAACCGCCUAAUAGCCAGUAUUUCCGAGGCAAAUCUACCUGAAAGUCAAUGUGGUUUUCGACCUGGCCGGAGCACAGUCAACAUGGUGUUUGCUGUCAGACAAAUACAAGAGAAGUGCAUUGAACAGAACAUGCAUCUGUAUGCUGUCUUCAUAGAUCUGACAAAGGCGUUUGAUACCAUCAACAGGGAAUCCCUUUGGACCAUUCUAACACGACUUGGCUACCCAAGAAAAUUUGUCCAGAUUAUACGCCUUUUUCAUGACAGCAUGACAGGCGAAGUAUUGUCUGAUGGAGCCACAUCAGCCCCCUUUAACAUCACCAACGGCGUGAAACAAGGAUGUGUUCUCGCUCCUGUCCUAUUUAACCUGUUCUUUGCAUGUGUCCUUAACCAUGCAAUGAAAGAUCUGGACCGAGGUAUAUAUUUGAAAUACCGGCACGAUGGUUCACUUUUUGACCUCCGUCGCCUGAAUGCAAAGACGAAGACAGUGCAGAAACUCUUUCUUGAGGCACUCUUUGCUGACGACUGUGCCCUCAUGGCUCACACUGAAAAUGAUCUUCAGCACAUUAUCAACAAGUUUGCUGAGGCCUCGCAACUUUUUGGACUAACUAUCAGCCUCGGAAAGACAGAAGUUCUCCAUCAACCUGCACCUGGAUCAAAUGCUUCUGUCCUGAGUAUCUCCAUCGAUGGCUCUCAGCUGAAAGUAGUGGAGAACUUUAAAUAUCUGGGUAGUGUCAUAUCCAGUGAUGGAUCACUGGAUAAUGAGAUCAAUGCACGAAUAUCCAAAGCAAGCCAGGCACUUGGCUGUCUGCGUAUCAAAGUUUUAAAUCACCACAACAUCUGGAUGUCAACAAAACUGCUUGUGUACAGAGGAGUUGUUCUUUCAUCUCUUUUGUACGGGUGCGAAACAUGGACACUAUAUAGGCGUCACAUCAAGCAGCUCGAAGUAUUUCACAUGCGCUGCCUCCGCAACAUCAUGAAGAUCCGCUGGCAAGACAAAGUGCCCAAUCUCGAGGUCCUUGAGAGGGCCCAGAUAACAAGCAUCGAAAUGAUGAUCAUGAAGUCACAGCUACGUUGGACCAGUCAUGUCAGCUGCAUGGAUGCCAACAGAAUCCCCCGCCAGCUUCUGUAUGGUGAGCUCUCCCAGGGCAUCCGGCAUAUAGGUCGUCCACAGAAAUAUUACAAGGACACCAUCAAAGCC